ACACACACACACACACACACACACACACACACACACACACACACACACACACACGCACGCACAUACACGCACACACUCACCAUAGGGUUUAUAACUGGAGUACUCUGGCAAAUUUGGCAAGGAAAGCAAGUGAGAGAGAAACAAAGGAAAUUUUUCAAGCUUCACGAUGCCUCGCUCGUUUUUGGUAAAAAGCAAAAAGUCCUCAUCUUAUAAUGUGCAUCGCUUCGUGGACUCGGAUCCAAACAUGAAAGAACCCAACACAGUUCCAGAGCCUGCCCUAUCAGAACCAAAGGAGCCAGACUCUCCCAAGAGGAUGUCAUUAGAUCCUGUGACAAAACCUGUUCACACAGAACCCUACUCUUACGUGAAGCGUGAAAACAAACCAGAGUGUCCAAUCCCGUUGCGCCCCGAGCAGUCAGUGAAUGCUGGCCAGCCUUAUUACAUUCCUGAGCCUCAGAUGGCAGAAUUCCCUCCUUACUAUAAGCCACCGUAUGCUUGGGAGACCUUGCGUUCUCCGUAUAACUUUAGGCAGCUGGACUUCCACUCGACCAUCCUACAGCAUGCAAGUAACCUUUAUGGGUCUGAAUUCAAGCAAAGCCCAGAAGAUCAACAGCCUCUGGAUUGCAGCACACAUUACUCACCUACCUCUGAUACCUACCACUGCAUCACCUGUGACAAGGUGUUCUCAACUCCUCAUGGUCUGGAGGUCCAUGUGAGACGCUCUCACAGUGGAACACGACCCUUUGGUUGUAGCAUCUGCAGAAAAACCUUCGGUCAUGCCGUCAGCUUAGAGCAACACAUGAACAUCCACUCUCAGGAAAGAAGCUUCGAGUGCAAGAUGUGCGGGAAGACGUUCAAACGUUCCUCCACCCUGUCCACACACCUGCUGAUCCACUCGGACACUCGGCCGUACCCUUGCCAGUACUGCGGCAAGAGGUUUCAUCAGAAAUCUGACAUGAAGAAACACACCUACAUCCACACCGGUGAGAAACCGCACAAGUGCCAGGUGUGUGGCAAGGCGUUUAGCCAAAGCUCUAACCUCAUCACACACAGCCGCAAACACACAGGAUUCAAGCCUUUCGGUUGUGAGAUCUGCUCCAAGGGCUUUCAGAGAAAAGUAGACCUCCGCAGACACCAUGAGAGCCAACACGGCCUAAAAUGACCCAGAGGGGAAGGUGGAAAUCUGUGUACAACAUGAAGACCAGGACUGUGAGAAAUUCAAUUAGAAAAGUACAACCGAGAUGAGUCACGUGUUCUGUCCUCACAGACGGCGGGUACAGAGGGAUAACAACAUAGCUAUUAACUGAAGUAAUUAUGUGUGUGCCCUGUUCCUCUUUUAACACUGAAUUAGGGCUGCUGGUAAAUUUUGGCUCCUUGACAGGAUAAUUUAUUCUUCGUUUUGAUCGGGGGCCCUUGAAAGCAUUUAAAAUUAUGUUUAAGAUUCUAAUAUUCACUGAUAUUACUACUGCUUUCAUAUAUUAUAUAAAUAAUAUUUAUGUGACUUGUACUAUUUAUAAAAUGUUAUUUUCACACCUGUAUCCAAACUGUGUGAAUAUUUUUUAUUUUAUUUUUUUAAACCAAACCUGCCUCUAGUCAAUCAAAUGAAUAUGAAUGUGUAACCUUGGAGUGAUUUGGCAAAUCAAAAGCAGAAUGUCUUAUAUGUAUAUGUUUAAAUGAACAAGCCUCAUGUCUGCCCCCCCCCUCUCCCUCCCCCUUCCUAAUCUCUCUCUGAUCUAACAGCUGAAAUUGAAAAGAAAGACAAAAAUUGGCCUGGAAAGCUAAGGUUGCGCCGAGUGUGUUUGUUUUCGUGUGUCCGCCCUGUUGAGGAUCCGGAUGCUCAGUUCCCGUUGGCUUUGCAGUCGUUGGUGAACUUUUUUUUUUUUUUUUUUUUUUUUUUUGCCAGAGGCAGUGUGAAAUCUCUGUGCACUAGACUGUCAUAUAAAUGUGUACCUGGAACUCUGGCAUGCAAAUCACUUGUCGAGCAGGUUUGUAAACUUCAAGGGACUGGAAGAAUGGACUUCACAGUCUAGUAAAAAAUAAGGAAAAAAAAAUAACCUUAACGUAAAUUCCAUUGCACACACACACACACACACACACACACACACACACACACACACACACACACACACACACACACACACACACAUGAACACAAGCCAAGUGUUUAAACUUCCAGGAUGACUCAUGUACUGUAAAAGAUUUACAUACGUUGUAUAUUUUAGCAAACGGACAGCGUAAACAAGGGGAUAAAAAAAAAAAUCACCUGGGCUUUAGUUCUCUGAGAGAUCUGGAUAAGAAAUGUUGGGUUAGCACAAGGGCUUUAGUUCCACUGUUAAAGAACUGUAAGAGAGAGAUUUUGCAGACACUCCCGUCACUCCCAUCAAUCCUGCUUCAGCUGCUUUGACAAACAAAUUCAUAAUGACACCGCUACACACGCACAGGCUUUCUCAAACAAAAGAGACAGUUAGGAAAAUCCCACAUCAGCAUGAUACUUUUUUUCAGAUGCUCAAUUUCCUUGUCAUGGUUUGGACUGUUUAUUUUAACAACUGCAAUGAAACUGCAAUGAUUUUUUUUUUAUUAUUGAUUUCUAUAUCUGAAGCUACUCCCCAAGAACCUUGUUCUUCAAACAACAAUCCUAAAAUGAAAAUGAAAUAAAAUCCAGUAUCUGA